UCGUAAACUGCAGCUGUUGCGAGAAAAGAAGGAAGUGACGAGGGUAGAACGGAAGUGCUUUCCUUUACGGCGGCUGCGGAGAGGUCAGGCAGGCGAUCCGAAGACACGCGGCCGAACUUCGAGGAAGAUGGACAGCAACAACCACCCCGGGGGCCGGGGAGGGUUCGGCAGCAUCUUCGGAGGGUCGCCAGGUUAUCCGCAUACAGACCUGGCCGGGGUACCAUUAACAGGAAUGAGCACCCUCUCUCCAUAUUUGAACGUGGAUCCAAGGUAUUUAACGCAGGACUCCUCAGAAGAGUUUAUUUUGCCUACUGGUGCCAACAAGACUCGAGGAAGAUUUGAACUGGCUUUUUUCACAAUUGGAGGCUGCUGUAUCACAGGUGCAGCCUUUGGUGCAUUUAACGGUUUGCGUCUUGGAUUAAACGAAACUCAGAACAUGGUCUGGUCCAAACCCAAGAACGUUCAGCUUAUGAAUAUGGUGACAAGACAAGGUGCGAUGUGGGCGAACACUCUGGGAUCUUUAGCGUUGUUGUACAGUGCCUUUGGCGUUCUAGUUGAGAAGACUAGAGGAGCAGAAGAUGACCUGAACACUAUGGUAGCGGGCACAAUGACAGGAAUGAUGUACAAAUCUCCAGCUGGAUUACGGGGAGUAGCACGCGGUGGACUGGCCGGCUUUGCUCUUACAAGUAUAUAUGCUUUAUACAACAACUGGGAACACAUUCGGGGAUCUUCAACGCGGCUAUCAUUAUGAGCACUUUUUGAAUUGCACAGAACUGCUUUCAGUCUUUCUGGACAUUCUACUUCUAUGAAUUGCCACACUGGAGCCCUAAGGUGGACAAUUGUUUGUUAGAGGUAAACAAGGGUAUGUAAGGAUUAGUGGACGUUGAGGAACCAUCAAAACACAUGGCUGUGAAAGACUUGAGUCCAUACCUGUCGCCCACUGAGCCAAGGAAAGGCCUGGAUAAGAAGGAUCGUUGUCAGUUUUAACACUUAAAAAAUUAUAUAUAUUUAAUGUUACCAAAUUAUAUUGUAUUGUAUUACUAGCUAUCUUGUACUUUAAGCUUAAAUUAAAGCUGACGUAAUGCGAGAACUA